AUGACCUCGCUCCCGUCAUCCAAGGCUUUUGCCUCGUUGACAUCGCUGCGAGUGGCACUCCAGUCGAUUGGCGGCACGCAGCCUGUCGUUGCAGCACGAGCACGAGCACAAGCACGAGCUCCAGCCGCUCCCGUCGUCUCCAGAUUCGGCUCGUCAUCGUUGCACACCUCGACGGCAUCAUCAUCCACCACGCCUUUGACCGUAGCACCCUCCUCAUCUUCUUCGACACUCGCGUCAUCCGCAUCCGCAUCCGCAUCCGCAUCUGUAGGGCAGCAAGAGGAUGGUGUGUAUGCAUCCGAAUUCGACUCUGAUAGCGAAAUGUACGAAAUUCCGCCUUUCGACGAAGGCGAUCUGGUUGCUGUUUCCAACAAACCACCCUUGGUGCAUGUUAAGCUGUCUCGAUUGCAAAAGGGUAGCUCCACAUCGAGCAAGGCAUAUGUGCCACUUUCAGCACACGUUUUCGAUGCACCGGCACGUCGAGAUGUGAUUCACAGUGCGGUGGUAUACUAUCUCGACGCACAGCGAUCUGGAACUGCCUCGACAAAGGGACGCUCGGAUGUGCGCGGGUCGAUGAGAAAACUGCGUCCGCAGAAGGGCUCUGGUCAGGCGCGUUUGGGAACCAUGUCCAAUCCGAUCUUGCGUGGUGGUGCUGUAGCGCAUGGUCCUCGACCUAGGGAUCACUCGACCAAGUUGCCACGAAGGGUGCGUGAGUUGGCACUCAGAUCGGCACUCUCGUCCAAAUGGAGGCAGGGCAAUCUGCUCGUCGUUGAAAACUUGAACUGGACUGCACCGCCCAGCUCCACAGGUCCACUCGCCCGUUUGCUCGGCAGCAAGGGUUGGUCCGACGCCCUCUUCCUCACAGCGCCUCGCGACCCGCAACCUUCCAUGCGAUCACUCAUCAAAGACGCUCGUCCCUCAUCCUCAGACCCCAUCUACGAUGAGCACCAAAAACUCUCCCACCAACAAGCCAUUCGCAACUUCGUUCUUGCUUCUAAUAACCUCCCGCGCGCUGAACUCAUCGAGCUCGACUCCCUCACCGAAGAGUACCGCGACAAUAUCGCAAAGACCAGCGACGACAAAAAGAAACCUGGCGAGCUCCACGCUUACGAGGUUCUCCGUCGCCACAAGGUCAUCUGCGACCUCGGCGCUGUAGAGUGGCUCGAGGAGAAGCUAGGAGGUGCCAUCUUCCAUGAACAGGCUAGCCUAGAUGCCCUAACUGGAAACCCCGAUGAGCAUCUCCAGCCUGACCACGUCGACCAUACAGUCGACCACACCCAAGCACUUUCUCAAGCUCCUGCCGGCGCUUCGACAGCUUGA